UCUAUUCCCCAUUUCAUUUUUUUUCCUUUUCUUUUUUCGUUACUUUUGUUUCCCCCGUCGUCUGAUCCACGCACGCGCGCCUCCUCCCGCGACGGCGACUUCCCCGCCGCGCCGCCGCCGCCGCCGCCACCACCACCGCCACCUAGGGUUAGGGUUCCGGCGCUGAAGCCUACCCCCUGGGUGAUCGGGGGAGAGAGAGAUCCGUCCGUUUCUCCGGCCCAUGUCGACCGACCAGCCUCACCUCCCGCCGCCCGCGCCCCCGCCCGGCGCUGCGGCGGAUCCCGACCCGGCCCCCGCCCCCGCCCCGCCGCUCGAGCCCCCCGAGGUGAUGCACAAGACGAGGGCCGUCGACUUCCUCGGCCGCCGCACCCCCAUCGUCUACCAGAACGACAACGGGCCGUGCCCUCUCCUCGCCAUCUGUAACGUGAUGCUGCUGAAGAAUGUGAUCAGCUUGAACCCGGACGCGGGCGAGGUGUCGCAGCAGAAGCUGCUCCAGCUCGUCGCGGAGCGCCUCAUUGACUCCAACAGCAAUGUGCAGGACAAGGAUGAGGAGUAUGUGCGCAACCGGGAGCAGAACAUCUCUGAUGCGAUUGACCUUUUGCCGCGCCUCACCACCGGCAUUGAUGUAAAUGUGAUGUUCAGGAAGAUCGAUGACUUUGAGUUCACCCGAGAACGUGCCAUAUUUGACCUUCUGGAUAUCCCACUAUACCAUGGGUGGAUAGUGGAUCCCCAGGAUACUGACACUGCUACUGCCAUUGGAUCAAAGUCUUACAAUGCCCUUGCAUCUGGGCUUGCUGAAUUUAAGUCGGGUGAAUCAACAAAAGAUGAUAAACAUGUACAGGAGGAAGAAACUGUUGACUUUGCUGCUGCAACGACUGCAGCGCUAGGGGUUCCUUCUCCCAGUGUUUCUCGAGGCAGAUCAUUUGAUGAGCAUACAUUUGGUGAUCCAGUCGAGUACAUUAGACGAGGCGAUCGUGAGGAAGAAGAGGAACUAAGGAGAGUCCUUAGUCUAUCAAAAGCUGAAAAUGCUAAUGCUGUUGAUGGAUCUGUUUCCUUUGACACUUCACAGUCUCAUUCAUCCUCCAAUAUGGAGGAAACAGCACACAGUGACAGCUUCCGAUUAGAGGCAGUUGAGAUGAUCGAUUCGACAAAUAAGGACGAACAUGGGAACAGCCAUGCUUUGAGCGAUGGUCCUAUGUUACAGGACAGCACAAAUGCUGCCCCUGUUGUUAAUGAAGUUGUGCCAGAGGAAUCCCAACAGACUUUGACUUCUAACGAAUUAGAAGAUGAUGGGAAAACGAAUAUCUUGCCAGAGCAGCCCAAUAUAACCGCUCAACCUUCAGAAUCUGUUCUUGACUGUUCCUCUAAUGAGUCUUCUGCUCCCAAUCAAGCUGCUGCUUUUGCCCCUGCACUUGGGAAAGUUGAUGAAGAAUCUUGUGAAGAACAAACUCCUGUGCAAAUUCAUGAUCUGGCUUCUGACAUUGAGGUUAGCUCUGAGCUAACAACUGCAACUAGUGAAACUACCCCAAAUAAUGCCACAAAAGAGCUGGAUGUGGAAAAUAGCUAUACUCCUGAGCCUAUCACCUUAAGCAUUCAGGAAAGUGAGCCAAUAUAUCAAGGAGAAGAGCAUGUACUUAGCAGUGGAAAUUUGGCAUAUGAAAAUCAGGAGCCGGUGUAUGAGGGAGAGGUGGUUCUCGCUGAGCAAGCUGACAAGACUGAGAAAAGUAGCGAGUGCAUGCAAGAUGGGGCUGCAGAACAUCAAUGGGAACUGAUAGAUAAUUUCCUUCAGAACACUGCUAGCCAGCUAACUGUCUAUGGUUUAUUUUGUCUACAAGAGGGUCUUAAUGAAAGAGAAUUGUGUGUCUUCUUCCGAAAUAAUCAUUUCAACACAAUGUUCAAGUUAAAUGGAAGCCUAUAUCUCCUAGCAACAGAUCAGGGUUUCUUCAGCCAAAGUGAUUUAGUAUGGCAGAAGUUGGAUGAGGUGAAUGGAGAUGGAGUUUUUCUGACCAGCAAUUUCACUCCAUUUAAGGCCGAAACGCCAAGAAAUGAUUCUUGGAAUGAACAGCAGGCUAUGACAAGUACCGCAGACUUUAUUGCUCAAUUUGACAAUACUACCCUGCAGCACUCGUCUGGAAACUCUGAUCUAGAGCUAGCUAUAGCACUUCAACAACAGGAGUUUGAGCGGCAACAACCUCAACGUCACCAGUCGGCAACACAGCAGCAGGAGCCUUUGCUGCAGCAGCCGCAGCAGACAUCCAGUCAAUCACAUGGCACAGGUCGGCCAGGAUUAGUUGUUGGUCCAACAACAGCAAGGAGGCCACCUGCUCCACCACCGGCGGCAACGAAGAAAGAGAAGUGCAUCGUGAUGUAAAGAUACAUAUCGGAGACGGGACAGGAAAAAGAGAAAAAGAGAAGGGGACAAGGAGCAUCAUAUAUACUAAUACUGUAAAGAAUCUUCUUGUCUACUCUUUAGUGCCGCAGCAACCUGUUGUUUUUUUAGCCACCUUUUUCCCAUUUCCCCAUUUUGAGCGCUCUGCAUUUUGCGUGUUUUUUUCUCUUCUCCUGGUGUAAAUAACCUUUCAGAAAUGUCAUAAAACGUAAAGACAACAGAUGCUGUCAAAUGAUAGCCUUCCGAUUCGA